AUGCUGCGACGGCGGCGCCGGCUGGGACCAGCGAGCCCAGUGCGGCGGGACGGGCGGCUGUGCGGCGAGAGCCAGUUUGCCGGUGUUGGUGCUCGGCAGAGUGACCGAGCGGACAGCGGCGAGGCCGUGUUGUUGUGGAUGGACGGGGGCAGUGGGCAGAGAGGCACGAUGGAGAUGCAAAGUGACGAUGAGAGGGAAAGAGGAGAGAAGAGAGCUGAGUCUGUUGGUUGA